AUGUGCUCUCCAAUAACAACUGAUGGACUUACCGAAGCAAUUGUGAAACUUCCAUUGCUUGAAGAACUCGAGGUCUCAUACUGCUCUUUGUCCGGAGAAUCUCUGAAAAUUGUAGGGCAGUCUCUUCCUAAUCUGAAGACGCUGAAGCUAAACCGCAUUGGAUUCUUGCGUCCUCGUUACGAGAGUGAUGUUGAUGCCCUAGCUAUAGCGGAAACCAUGCAUGGACUUCGCUUCCUUCAGCUCUUUGGAAAUAUAUUAACAAAUGGUGGCUUAAACGCAAUUCUUGAUAAUUGUCCUGACCUAGUACAUCUUGAUUUACGUUUUUAUUUCAACGUUUACAAUGUCGGAGAUCUGAUUACGAGGCUAUGUUCGGAGAAGAUCAAAGUAUUGAGACUACCUUAUGACUCGACUGAUGAUUACCCAUAUGCUGGGAAUUACUACGACAUUGAUUCAUCUGAUGAAGAUAGCCCAUGGCCUCUCAUGGCAGCUAAUGAUUACUACCAUAGCUUUGCAGGUUAUAGUGACCAUUCUGAUGAUGACUAUUAUUAAAUAUAGGCGACCUGCCUACCAAGAUGCAUAGGGUUAAUGUGUCUUGCAUCUGAAUAACUCUGUUUUUUAUUUAACUCAAGAAUAUGUUAU